GUCUCCUGGCAUUGCUGGGGCUGUCGGUGUACACUGGCGUGACGGUGAAUUUCUUCGGUAAGCGCUACGCUAACUGGCGCUUCUCCUGGUCCUACAUCCUGGGCUGGAUCGCUGUCAUCCUCACCCUCUCGGCAGGCAUUUUCCACAUCUGUGCUGUCUCCAAGAGGCCGUCCCCGGAGAGCUCCAAUGUGGCGAGCGGCUGAGCCGGCACCACACCUGCCUGGACGCACGGCCUGGUCCUGACAGCUCCCCCACCUCACCCCCUGCCCUUGCUCUGACGGCUCCCCGCCCUCCAGUGACAUGCACCUGGUCCCGGCCAAUUCCCGCCCUCCAGUGACGUGCACCUGGUCCUGGCCAAUCCCCGCCCUCCAGUGACACGCACCUAGUCCCGGCCAAUUCCUGCCCUCCAGUGACACGCACCUGGUCCCGGCCAAUCCCCGCCCUCCAAUGACAUGCACCUGGUCCCGGCCAAUUCCCGCCCUCCAGUGCCAACUGCCAGGCCCCAGCCAAUCCCCAACUUCCAGUGACACUCGCCUGGCUCUGGGCCAAUUCCCACCCUCCAGUGACAUGCAUCUGGUCCCGGCCAAUUCCCGCCCUCCAGUGCCACCCGCCUGGCUCUGGGCCAAUCCCCAACCUCCAGUGCCACCUGCCAGGCCCUGGCCAAUCCCUGCCCUCCAGUGAUACCCACCUGGCUCUGGGCCAAUCCCCACCCUCCAGUGACACCCACCAGGCCCCAGCAAAUCCCUGCCUCCAAUGCCCCCGCUAGGCCCCAGGCCAAUCCCUGCCCUCCAGUGAUACCAGCCAGGCCCUGGCCAAUCCCCGCCCUCCAGUGACACCCACCAGGCCCCGGCCAAUCCCCGCCCUCCAGCGCCACCCAACAUGGCGUCCUUUGCCCUGUCCCAGCCCCCUCCCCUUGGCCAGGCGUGGUGCCCAGUGCUGGCCUUGAUCCUGAUGUGCCAGUGAUCUGAAUGUGCCAAUAAA